GCCCGUGAAAAAUUGAAUAUUGGGUACCACAGAACUUUGAGAAAACUUUAGUGUUAAAAUUGUUUAUCUACUUAACUUUACUCCACUUGUGACCUAACAGCUGUUUUCACAAAUGACUUGGGAUUGUUUGGUGGCUUUGAUUUUUGGAGUUAUACUUAGAAAUUCGGUCAAGAAAUAUGCAUCCAAGAAUUUUUUGGAUAGUCUCACAUAUUCAUCAUUAGACCAGUGGGAUUCUGUUAGUGAAGGGAUAUAUUUGCAAAAACAUGGUAUUUCUGCCUACGAUGGUGAUGUAGUACAUCAGCCUCCUUUGUUGCUAUUAAUAUGGUCCUACUUAUUGAAGCUCACUAAUGGAGACGGCACUAUUUACUUUUUGGUUCUUGAGUUCAUCUUACUGAUCUCCAUGUUCAUAUUUUGUGAGUCAAUGUUAAAUUACUUUCUUUCGAUUCAACGUCGCGACAAAGCAUCGGUACAUGAUUCGUCGAAUCACCUUUUAAUAAAACAAACGGAUCUCCGAAAGCUUCAGUCACUUGUAAUGAUAUGGUACGCGCUUAAUCCUUAUUCAAUACUGGUUUCAGCUGCCAAUUCGACAAUUAUUGUGUAUAAUAUUGUCUUUUUAUGGAUCAAUAUUGCUAUUUGUAGAAGUCAUUUGUUAUUGGCUGCUAUUUUAUGCUCUAUUGGAUGUUAUAUUCGUAUAUAUCCAGGAUAUUUAAUGUUUCCAAUCUUAGCUGCUGGUUAUCUUCAAUGUACAAAUCAAUCAAAAUCAAUCCUAUCUCGUCUGUUCACUUUGCUUCUACCAUUGAUUACUUUUAUUGGUAGUAGUGCAAGUUUAUUAUGGAUUAGUUAUCUUGUAGAAAAUCAUGAUUGGCGUUUUUUAUCAUCAGUUUAUUGGAAUACAAUCACUGUCGCUGAUUGUACACCACAAAUGGGUAUUUAUUGGUAUAUAUUUGUUGAAAUGUUUGAUCAUUUCGGUGAAUUUUUCACAUGGGUUUUUCAACUACUUAUUUUUAGUGCAGUAGUUGGCUUAACAAUUAAAUUCAAUCAAAAUCCAUUAUAUAUAUGCCUUGUCAUAUCAUUUAUAAUCAAUAUAUUACAACCGUAUCAUAAUAUCGGUGAAUUUGGCCUAUUAAUAUCCAUCCUACCAAUAUGGAGUCAUCUUUUAAAACAAACUCAAUUGUUAUUUAUUUCAUCAUCAUGCCUACUGACUGCAUUGAUCCUUAGUCCAUUAUUUCAUUAUAUUUGGUUACAACCGGGUACAGGAAAUGCAAAUUUCUAUUUUGCCGCCUCGUUAGUACAUGCAUUUGGACAGGUUAUCCUAAUCACUGAUUUAUUAAAUGCUCAAGGACGAUAUGCAUUUUUCUUACGUCAUGGUCCCAGUCUUCAAUUGAGUAACGGUGAACGAUUGAAAUUAAUUCAAGAAUAAACAAAUAUUACAAAAAGAACUAUUCAAUCAAUGUUCAAUAAAACUUAUGAACAGAAACAACGAAUAUAAACAAAGAAAAUUAACUGAUUUGCACGUGGAUGUACGCGGUGGUAUUUCGUUGUUGUUUCGCUUGACUAAUUUUUCAACAAAAGGUUGAUAAUGAUUUUUAUCUCAUUUGAUUGAUAUAUAUAUGUGUAGAUAUCUUUUGUAAUAAUGAUUUUAAAAAUAUCAAUGUAUAUGUAUUAAUUAAUUUAUUGAAAUAUAAAGUUGUCUGAC